CACAACCUGAUAUUGCAUCAAGCUGGGAGUGGGGAUUUCAGCAAGCAUUGCUGCGGGUGGUUUGACACUCAUCUCAAAGUUGCCCUUCUGGGUAACCUAAAGUUCAGCUCUUGCGCGACUCGCCGGGACAAUUGGACCCUGUGGCGGAUGACCUCGGAAAAGGAGAACGUUUACAUACGGAUUUCCUUUUGACUGGUUGAGUCGCAAGGUUGAUCAUCGACACCUCCACGCGACCCCUCGACACGAUGGCCAACAAAGAGCAAGCAACGCAUCGACGGACGGACUCGCAACCACCUCAACCGGGGCAUGGAAACGUUAUCCCGGCCCCGGGUAAUGUUUUACCGCAGAAACGCGCGCUUGAGGGCGUCCAUCAUCGACAGAAGACAAAAGUGACCCGAGCCUGUGACACUUGCAAAGCAAAAAAGGCAAAGUGUUCCGGCGAGCAGCCAUGUAGGACAUGUGACCGCCGGGGAGUGGACUGUCGAUAUGAUGCAGUCUAUGCGCGAGGGAAAGCCCCAGUCCCACGUCGUGUGAGGCAGGAUGUCGUGAAUAGCAAUGUCAAUGCUCCGCACUCAAUGCCUAUCCAGUCUACACGAUCCACCUUGACGCCCACAGUCGUCGAUGCUGUUGAAGAAGAUAAUCGCCGAGCUGUGUUUGCGAGCGACAACGGAAAUGGCGAUGAUAACCACGAACGUGAGCCUGAUUCAAAUAAUCUAAACGUGUUGGCGACCAUGGCGACGCAGAACCAGGGGCCGAUCGCAGAAGCCCCCUCGAGAGGAUCGCCAGGCCUCGAAGUGGCGGGCCAGUAUUCAGAUACCACCUCUGGUCUCUCUUUCCUACACCGAGCAUGGCGUCGAAUCUCCAACGGAGAGAGCAGUCAGGUCAUGGGUGGGCAGUUGGGUUCUGUUGACGAUAACCAAUUGCUAGCUCGUGCUGGGGACAAGCCAUUUCAGCGUCCAGGCUAUGUUCAGAUACCACCCUUGGACCGAGGUCGCGAGCUUCUUGGACUCUAUUUCGACGUCUGUAUUGCGACGUAUCGGUUACUGCACCGACCCACGGUUGAGCUGUGGUUUGACACAGUAUCGAACAACUUCACAUCAAGUCAACCUCUCUUCACAGGUCUUGGCCAUGCGAAGACAUCAAUCGUAUUGUCUGUUCUGGCUGUCGCAUGUAUCCACGAAGAAAGGGCCCGAGGGGAGAGUAGCCUAUCGCCAGCUACCGGAAUCGGCGUGGCUUCACAGAGUGAUGAGAUCUUUUGCGAGGCUCUGCGCUUGACAGAAACCGAGACUGGGUUCCCAAAGCUUGAGUCAGCUCAAUGUCGACUCAUUCAGGUGCUAUACCUGUUGAUGUCGUCGAGAUUUAAUCAGGCAUGGUACACCUUUGGUCAUGCUUUGCAGGUGCUGUCAGCUCUGGGCUUGCACAGACGUGAGGAUCGGAAGCGUCCGUCGCCGGCUCACUGGAGAGACUACAUCGAAGAACAAUGUAAAAAGCGGACUUUUUGGGUUGCAUAUACACUGGAUAAAUACCUUGCGGUCAUAUUCGGACGUCCGCGACAUUACCACGACGACGAUAUCGACCAAGACUUCCCGGAUGCAGUCAACGAUGAGGACAUGACUUCUACAGGACCACGCGAGAGCGACAACGAUUGUCAUAUUGAAUCUCUCAUAGCGCACGCAAAGCUUGCGCAGAUAGCUGAACGCAUCUCCCGAGAGGUCUAUUCCAUCAGAUCGGUAGCCGAUGAAGAGCGACUAGCGGCGGCUCACCGCCUUGGAGCUGAGUUACGGCAGUGGAAGGCAUCACUUCCCCCAUUCCUGGGUGCCAUAAACCCAAGUAGCCUCAUCCCGAGCUUUCGAAGGCAAGCAAUGGCUCUACGAAUGUCUUACUCGCAUGCCGUGAUGCUUGCGCAUCGCCCUUUCCUUUUGAAGAAUACUCAUCGCCACAGUGAAGAUCUGAGACGACUUGCGAGAGAUAGCAUUACUGAGUGCAUCAAAGCUGCUCAGUCAGUACUGGAGGCAGUUGACCGAAUGGCUCGAGAGGGGCGCUUGUUCCACGCCUUCUGGUGGACGCAUUACGUGUGCUUUUGCGCUCUGGUAGUCGUGUACGUCUGGGCAAUCCAAGAAAGUAACAACGAUCCUACUGUUGCAGAGCGUCGCAAGAUUCUCAACCAAGCUGAGAAAUGUCUGAACCAUCUUGCUCAAGCUACUGCUACCAAUUCGCCAUCUCGGAGUUACAGUAUUAUCUUGCAGGAACUACGCACGGAAGCCAAAAGGAAGACUGCCAGAGCGCUGCAGGAGCCGACGCAGAUUGCAAAUGCGAUGGCAAACAUUGCAGACUCAACCGAUGCGUUGCAUGCGCGACUGAACUUGCCAGAUGGAGAGGCAAUACAUGAUUCGACUGUCGCUCAACUGUGGCAGCCGCUGUUCGGUAGUCCCAUUGACAGUUCGGACCCGGGCCUGCAGAAUUUCUUGGAUGACUGGCAGACCACUGACUGGCUUGAUCUUGACUCCUCGGCGUUUGCUUCUCUACCAAACUACACCGAGCCGUGGUUGAAUUGGAUGAGUGGCGCCUAAG